ACUAUAUUUGGGUUUCUUGAAUCAAGAAUUAAACUGUCUUUUGUAUGAAAUGUUUUGAGUGAACUGUGAAAUAUAUACAGUUUUAACAAUUAACGUAUUCCCUGUUCACCACACAGUACAUGUUGUGACUAUAUCGUGUAUACUGUGUGCAACUCGAAUAAAGUUUUAUCUGGGAUUAACUGCAUCUUAUUAUUCUUAAACAUUGGAUAACUGCUUUAUAUAUUUCUUUGAUUGAAGUGCUGUGGACGUCAAGAAGAUGAGUUACAGAGAUUCGUAUUCACUAUAUGGAAGAGACUACUUUAGUACACCUAAGGAAUAUGGACUAAGCUUACACUCAAGGCCAACCACGAGCUAUUCAUCAACGCCGUCGUCGGUGCUGAGUUCAUUGUCGUCUUUCCGUUCGAGACCCUACACCGGCGUCGGUGUGACAUACACCCCAGCACCAGAUGUCAAUGAAGUCUAUCCGGGACUCUUUGUUGGAGAUGCUGUUGCUGCUAAAGACAAAGCUUUUCUCCGACGUAUGGGUAUCAACUACGUGCUAAACACAGCAGAAGGCAAACGCUAUACUCAAGUGGACACUGACCACAUCUACUAUCGCGACUGCCCCGGCCUACGAUACAAGGGCUUCCAACUGAUGGAUCUUCCCACUACAGAUAUAUCCAAGUACUUCCAUAUUGCCGCCAACUUCAUCGAUGAAGGAAUUUCUAGAGGAGGUCGAGUGCUCGUGCAUUGUAUGAUGGGUGUGUCAAGGUCGGCUACAUGCGCAAUCGCAUUCCUAAUGAUCAAACGUGGCAUGACUCUGACAGAAGCUUUAGCCUUGGUACGAUCAAGGCGCGACAUUCACCCCAACGACGGUUUCAUCCGCCAGCUCCAGGAUCUCGACAGGGAACUGCGUGUCUGUCGGGUGCGCUGACAUCAGACCCCCCUCCCCCUCAAGCGAUCUGUCCUUCCCUUAAGCCGAGCUCCUCUCUCCUUUAAUCAAGCCCCUCUUCCCCUUAACCAAGCUCCUCUCCCUUCCCACAGCUUCUUCCCCCCCUCCCUAGAAAUCGAGCACCGUCUUCGCGUCAGAAGCUUAGAUCGAGCUUACACCAGUCGCUAUUGAACAUUAAUUAUUCAGUCUUAUCGAAGAAUCUAAUAAGAGCAUUAAAUUUUUAUAAACUGUUUUGAACACUCUUUACAUAAAGAAUAAUAUAACAGUUGCAUUGAAGCCUGGUCGAAAUUUUCAGGUUUCGAUGAUGAGAUAAAGUUUCUGUAAAAAAAAAAAAAUAUUUUUACAUACUCUCAUGUGCCAUUAUUUUUUUCUAUUUAUAAACAAAACUGUUGUUGGUAAUGUUAAUGAAAAGUUUAUUACUAUUACUAGAUUUCUAAGCAAAUAUAAUUAGUAAUGUCCAGAAUUACUAUGUAUAAUCAUUUAUAAAAUGUAGCUUCCAUGGAUAUGUUAUUUAACUAUAGUACAACUGUUAGCCUUAUAGAUCAAAUUAACUUAAUUUGGUGCAUCAUAUUCUUAUGCGAUGAAAUGGUAUUGUUAGAAGUAGCUGUCAUCCAUACUGACUAAAUAAAAUAUUGCAAAUUCUCUGUCAUCUCUUGGUCAGUGGGGUAAUAAUAAUAAAAUAGUAUUUCAACAUAUAAAAUAACUGCUAGCCAUUAUGGAUGAUUGCUAGUUUGAUACAUAUUUGUUAAGUUGAACUUCUCCAAGACUGGCCCUUAGCGGCACUUGAGUGAUGGUUUAAUCUUAGUAAGUUAGUUAGCAGUAUUGGAUCACAGAAGUACACUUAUCAAUAAAUGACUUGAAAAAUUCUUUAACUUCAAAUUGGCUGCUCCUUAAAUCUAAGUACUUCCAUAGAGUACUAUUUAUUCUGAAUUUUUUUUUAGUAUUUCCAUCUAUGGAUUAAAUAGACAUACACAUUAGUUUGGGUCCAAUAUCACCUAUAGACAAACUAACAUUUUAAUUCUCAAACAUAUGAUCUGUUAAAUCAAUACACAUUAUUAUAAAAGUUAUUGAAAUGUUAACAUAGUUAAUAAUUUUAUGUGUGGAUGAGUCAACUGUAAAUCAUAAUAUCACCAUAUAGUUUUUACAGAAUAUUCUCACAUUUAUUUUGUUAAUAUUAUUAUUAUUACAGUUCAAGUAAGGAGGUGCAAUACCAUUUUUAAAUUAUACCAAAGGGGAAUAUGUGAUAUACAAUAUAGAACUUGAAUCAAAUUUAUUGUUAUAUUUAUUUAUGUAAUUAAAAAAGAUUCUCUAUUUAAAAUAGUUGUCAUGGCUUGUGAUUGAAUACAUAAUCUGUGUUGCCUUAUUUAGAAAGCUAGCUAGGAAGUAUAUAUAAAAAGAGGAUAAAGUAACCAUAUUUUAUUUUAUAAAUAAUUUGUAACUGUGAUAAAUAUUUUAAUGUAGAUUAUCUUUUUAAUGGAAAUGUUUUGUUUUACUGUUAUUGUUAUUUAUUAGAAGUAUCUUACAGCUAUAUGUCAUAAAAAAUAUGUUAAUAUAUAUCUCAGUCAUGGAAAAAGUGUUUGAUAUGUAUGAAAAAUAAAGGUUAUUUAUUUAGAA